AUGUCAAAAGUUUCUAUUUCAGCGGAAAGAGCAAAAUACAGCUUUCGAGAAGGUUCCAAGUACAGAAAGCUUUUGGAUAUUCACCAAGAUGCAUUUUAUGGAGGAGCCCCUUAUCCAGAUUCUUUUUAUGAUGACAUUUGUCACAAAGGUGCAUAUCAUGAUGUGUCAGAAGACACCCACUGGGGAGAAUUCCUGAAUGCAACAAUUAACUACAUCAAUAAGCAAUCCAAACCAUGGGAUAUAGCAACAGAAAAGUUAUUUGUCUUCAUGAUGGCUUUCAUGUCUCACCAAGUAGCUGAUAUAACUUGGCACAGCAUGUACAUUGAGCAAGGUUUUCUUCAUACCAUGGGAUAUAUGAAUUUUCAUGGUUCGUACCCAAAGGCUCAUCCAGUUGGUGACUUUGGUGGUGAUGUUUGGAAUGCAUAUAGCAUGCUGACAAAAGAUGACAGCCUUUUUCCUGAAAAGCCUUGGUAUGUUCCUGUUGAUGAUCUGUAUCACAUCUAUCAGGAUUUCUAUGGAAAAACCAGAAUAGACAAAAACACCAUAGAAAUCUGCUCUUCACUACAGCUGCUUGCUGGGGUAGCAGAACUUUUGCUUGGAGCAGAGGCUUUCCUCACUAUAGCCAAUGACAGCAACUUCUUAAUAGAUAAUGAAAUGGAAUAUUUUGAGGGAGGGCUAACAGAUAUGGCCAGCUUAACCACAAGAAAGUGGAAUGAUGCCAUAACUAUGAUUGAAAAUGGAACACGAGCUUGUUCUGUGCCACACAGUACUGUGUUCAUCAACUGUACCAAAGGAGUAGACAGUCCUGAAGGCAGAUUACCGAAGCUAGAGAAGCGUUACUAUCAGAAACCAAAACUAUUUGGUCUUACUCUGGAUGAUUUAAUUAUAACACCCUUCCUCAGGGGGGUCAAAGUUCAGUUGACAGAAAAUCUCAAGUUAAAAUUGAUUGAGAAACAGAAGAAAAGAAUGUACUUUCAAAGCAAGUAUUCCAAGGAAGCGGAGCCAGCAUACAGAAGUCAGCCAAACUUUACCAUUGAUUUUAGAAGUUCAAGAAGUUACUCCCAGUUAGGAUGGUCAAUGAUAUCUAAGGACUUGGAUGAUGAUGGCAAUGAAGAUUUAGUGAUAGGUUCCCCUGGACACAGCACCAGUAAUGAACCCCAGAGGGGCAGGGUCUACAUUCUAUACAGUGGCAAUGCAGGACUGCAAGUUAAUGGAAGCUCAUUUGUUGACCUAGAUAAUUUUACUUCAUUGAACGCCUCAGUACUGGAGGGGAAUCCAGGGGAGUACUCCAGAUUUGGUUAUGCUCUGGCUGCCCUAGAUUUAAAUCAAGAUGGCAAUGUAGAUAUGGCUAUUUCUGCCAGCUCUUCAAGCUACAAGGGUCUGCUGGAUUAUAAUGGUGUUGUAUAUGUGUACUUUGGAUCAGGAGGUCAAAGGUCAUGGAAGGUCAAGCCAGAUUUGGUCAUAACAUGUCAGCUUCAAUUUUGUAACCUUGGAUCCUCCAUGACCUCAAUAGACAUAAACAAUGAUGGGAAAGAUGACCUCUUGAUAGGAUCCCCAUUUGCAAGUGUUAAGAAUUUGACUCAGAAUGGAAUGGUGACAGUUUUACUCUCAUCUAAAAGUCUCAUUUCAGGAAUGGUUAUUUCAGCAGAAAAAUUAACAAAGAACUGGAUCUUAUUCGGUAAUCAGUCUUACAGUUGGUACGGACAUAGAUUGAGUGUCAAGAACAAUAUGUUAAUGGUCAGUCAACCUUACUUCAGAAAAUGCAUAAGUUGUGAGAAAUACUUGCCAACAGACAUUCAAAGUGUUGGAAAAUUAAAUGUUUUCUCCUUCAAAGAGAGUCUAUCUACAACUCCUAGUUUAACUUUCACAGGCCAGAGGAGAUCUGAGAUGACUGGUUACAGCAGUGAUAUAGGUGAUCCAUUCGGUAAUGGAUCUUCAAUCUUUGCUAUAGGAGUGCCUGGAAUGGAUGUGAAGGGGAAGGUUUAUUCUUCUAUGGAGAACUUAAUACAAGGUGGAGGAGUUUUUUUAAUAAGCUCGUACAUGCAGGACGUUGCCCAUUUUACAGGGGAUAGGAUGUUUAGUAGAUUUGGGAGUGUUGUGAAGUUUAGUGAUGUCAAUGGUGAUGGUAUAGACGACCUGUUGAUAUCAGCUCCAAUUAGAAAUGAUAACCCAAACAUUCUUAUCAACUCAAGGAUAAAUGGAAAAGUGUAUAUAUUCUAUGGAGGUAGGAACUUCCCUAAGAACAGUGCUACAGUUACACCAGAUUGUGGGAAUGUGUCUCCCUGUCCUGAAAAAGUAGCCAACCAAACUUUAGGCUAUGGUUUAGAUUUAAAAACAGAUUUUGGACGGACAAUCACAGUUCUUAGAUCUAAGCAACAGGUUCAAGUGAUUGUUUCUGCUCCUAGAAAUGGAGAUAAUAUAAAAUUAAAAGUAAAAAAAACUGGGAAUGUUUAUGUGUACAAUACUAAGUGAAAUUGUAGUUCCAAAUGACAAGAGAGAAAAUCAAGUAAGCCAUGUUCUUUCAGUUAUUCUUUCUAAAUCAUUGUGAUACAGUCAAACCUCAUUAUCUUGAACUCAAUGGGACCGUGAAAAAACUUUGAGAUAUCCGAUGGUUCGAGAUAUUGUGAGUAAAAUACUUAAAGAAUAAGUGGUGGGACUUCCAAAUUACGUCAGUAUCCAUGGUAUUGAAGAUGUCAGUGUCUGAGAUACUGAGGUUCAGCUGUAUACGCAUUCAAAUUGUAAUCUAUUUUCAUUAUAUUGCACUUCAUUUGUAGAUAAAAAAUACACUAAUGAACUGUCCCAAUUAAUCUAGGUGCCAAUUUUUUCACUUAUAGUGAGUGUACAUUCCAUUGUACUUUCUGUAUUUUUCAUGUCCUAUCAUCUCAGUUUUAUAUUUUUUGGAAUCAUUACAUGUAUAAGGGUUUGUUUUUUAUAACCACUUUUUUACAACUGUUGUCAUUUUGUAAUUUUUUUGUUCAUCUAUCCAGUCCAGUAUGUCCUCAAUAUGAUAAUUUGAUUAUCAUUUUUACUUUGAUUUCCUGGAAAGCAAAACUGCCUUUUUUGUUAACAUACAGGCAUGUGCGUUAACCACUUUAGCAUUAUAAAACAUUAUAAAGCACUAUAAAGUUUAAAGCACUGUACAAGACAGAUGGAAACCUGAUUUUUUUUAUGUUUGCACUCAACAUGGAUUCAUUACACAAUGUUAAAAUCCAAAAGAUUGUUCAAAGUAUUAAAGUAAUUACUUCACAGGUAUUUACCGUAAUAAAAUAUUUUUUAUUUAUUUAUAUAAUAUUUAUAGUUAUACAUGUAUAAUAUGAAAACUCCAUCAUUGUUUUGAGGGGAGGGAUGAAUAGAAUUUUCCAAGUCUGGAAAAAAUGUCAAAUUAGCUUUUAACAGAGGAUUUUAGACUUUAUUUAUUUCACAUAUUUAGAAGUAUUUAUAUACCGGGUAUUUAUAUCAGAUGGGUGAAAGAUACAAGAUAUCUGAAAGUGUUUCAAAAACACAGCUUAUUUCAAAAACACUGCUUUUUUCAUAAUGAUUGUAAUAAUUUUCAUAAUGAUUGUAAAGAUUUAAUACAUAUAGAAAUGGAAAAUUUAUAUCCUGUACAUGUUAAAUGCACAAUGUUUUCAUUGGGUUAUAUUGGAUAGAGACUCAUAGAUCCAAAUAUAGUUUUGAGUAUACACUGUACAAUACGUCAUGUGUAAGUGCUUAAAGAAUGUUUUGUAAUUGCUCAGGUUACAGAGCACUCAGUGUGCUGAAAUGGUUGAAAAGUUGUAACAGGGUAACUAUAAAUUUGUUAUUGUUGAUGCUUUGUUAUGAAAAUAAAUUCCUGUUUUAAGCUCACCUGAACAAAAUAGGGAUGAUUUUAUGUUAUACCCCAGCAUAGGCAUCACAGUCGGCAUCAGUAUCCCAGGUUCAAGUUUUUAGAGCAGGUUCAUUUACUAUGUAAUUGAAAUCCCUACCUACCUACAUACCUAGUCAUAUGCCCAGGGGUGCACAGGGCAAGGACUAGACUUCUCCACUUCUCUCUAUCUUGAGCAUUCCUCUUCAGUUCUCCCCAUGUUAGUUUGUUUAAAAUCCCUACCAAUACCAAACUUACAAUGAAAAUGCAUCUUGUGUUUUUAUGUAAUAGUAAUCCAUGCUUUGGAUGGCUGCAUCUGACAAGCCAUGUAUUAGUGGCCUAGUUAAACUCUUAGAUUCAUUCCAAAGUAACUACAAUUCCCACCUAUGCCAAAAGUUUAUGGAUGAUUCAUCAAAGGAUGCAUGCUACUAGUCUUUUUUUUGAAAGGGAGGUCAUCCAGCAGAGCGCUUGCUCCAUAGUCAAAUGGUUGUCCAUUUGCACUCAAACAAACUUACAUCGAUAAAAAUUAGGUAGCAACUGUUCCUUCAAUGAAUGCUCUCGGCUUUUUUAUGUGAAAGUUGCAGAUUUUUGAGACCUUAAAAACGAGCAGGUGUUGGCAUGCUAAAAAAACCUCACUGCUCAAUGGCCUUGAGUGUCAAGUCUAAACCUCUGGUGACAUCUCAUAUAAGAGAAGUCAUCUGGCAAGGGACAUAAAACUAUAAUAAUAAAUCAACCAAACAUGCAACUUAGACCUUUUUUUUAAUUGAAUUUAGCUUAUAUAUCUGAUUCUUUAGUGAAGAAUCUUCUAGAUGAGGAUUGUGGAGGUGAGCUUUGUAUUCUUUGAUUACAUAAGUUUUUCUAUUAUUAUACACAAUGUUAUAACA